AUGAAACUCAUUCAGGAACUCCCUCAUUCCGGAAUUCUCUUAUUCUGGAACGCGCCCAGUUAUAUCUUUUUCAUGAAACUCAUUCAGGAGGUCUCUCAUUCCGAAAUUCUCUCAUUCUGGAACGCUUUCAGCUAUCUCUUCUUCUUAUCUCUUCUUCAUGAAACUCAUUCAGGAGCCCCUCAUUCCGGAAUUCUCUUUAUUCUGGAACGCGCCCAUUAUCUCUUCUUCAUGAAACUCAUUCAGGAGCUCUCUCAUUUCGAAACUCUCUUAUUCUGGAACGCGCCCAGUUAUAUCUUUUUCAUGAAACUCAUUCAGGAGGUCUCUCAUUCCGAAAUUCUCUCAUUCUGGAACGCUUUCAGCUAUCUCUUCUUCGUUAAACUUAUUCAGAAGUUAUCUCUUCUUCAUGAAACUCAUUCAGGAGCUCUUCAUUUCGAAACUCUCUUAUUCUGGAACGCGCCCAGUUAUAUCUUUUUCAUGAAACUCAUUCAGGAGGUCUCUCAUUCCGAAAUUCUCUCAUUCUGGAACGCUUUCAGCUAUCUCUUCUUCGUUAAACUUAUUCAGAAGGUCUUCAAUUCCGAAAUUCUCUCAUUCUGA